AUGUCGCACGUCGUCGCGCCGCUGGAUCUACCCUCAAGCUACAAGGACAGCCAGUCCGAGCACGACCGCGAGACCGAACGGCGCCUCCUGGCAGAGUCAACCACUCUCUAUGUUGGUAAUCUCAGCUUCUACACCACUGAGGCACAAAUUUACGAACUCUUCUCAACAUGCGCGAAGCCCGCCGAAGGUGGCGGGAUCAAACGUGUGAUUAUGGGUCUUGAUCGCCACAAUAAGACUCCCUGCGGCUUCGCGUUCGUGGAAUAUUAUCUGCACUCGGAGGCUGUGAACUGCCUACGCUACAUCUCCGGCACAAAGCUCGAUGAGCGAAUCAUUCGCUGCGAUCUCGAUCCCGGCUACAAAGAGGGUCGGCAGUUCGGGCGUGGCAAGAGCGGAGGGCAGGUACGCGACGAGUUCCGUCAGGAAUACGAUAGCGGGCGAGGAGGAUGGGGUCACCAGCGCCUCGAACUGGAGCGCCGGCAGCAGGAACAGGACCGUCUGCGCCAGCAGGUACAAUUCGAUACAUACGCAGCCAUCGGCGGCCUCGGUCGAGCUGGCGCCGAUGUGCCGUCCGGCGAAGCAGGGGAGCGCUCGAAGCGCGCACGAAGCGAGGAUGACCGCCGCGAUGAGGACGAUGGGAAGAGGUUCCGCGGUGAGCGUGACGAAGAAUGAUGUCUGCACCGUAUGCAGAGUAGGAAAGAGGUCGAUAGGUGACUACUGUGUCUGGGGUUUCUGGCAUACAUACUUAUAGAGAGGUUUCGAUGAUAAGAUCAUCGGGUUAUGGCGGGGCCGAAUAAGCAUGAAUGGAGCAGGCUGCUUGGCCUGUGUGAUAUGCGAU